CCCCAACGUUAGUUCUCUGACGUUCAACCCGCUGGACAGUUGCAUUUAAAUAUCCAAUUUGUAAGUUCGAACACUAAAAUGGAUUUCUUGGGAAUUGUGGAUAUUCCAACCUGGUUGUUGAUCCUAGUCACCUGUGGCGUCCUGUAUGUAUACUACAUGACAUCCACCCACGGCACUUUCAAGAAGCUGGGAAUCCCUGGCCCUCAACCUCUACCCGUCCUGGGCAAUGCCUUGUACGUAGUCAGAAAAGGUUUGUUUGACUCCAUAGUGGACGGCUAUAAAUAUUAUAAGCACCACAAGAUGUAUGGCAUUUUUGAAGGCCGAACUCCAGUUCUGACCGUCACAGACCUUGACCUUCUAAAAGAGAUCCUUGUCAAACAGUCAAACAAUUUCACCAACAGACGGCAGUACGCCUCCAUGGCUCAACGCUACUUAGACACCAUUUUGUUUAUCGUGAAGGACAACGAGUGGAAACAGCUCAGAGCCACGCUCAAGUCUUCCUUCACAUCCUCCAGACUUAAAGCGAUGCAUCCGAAAAUGGCGGAACUCCUCAAGCAAAUGUUUGACGUUUUAAAAGAGCAGGCGAAGGAUAAAGGUCAAGUAGAAAUCUCUUCAGUGAUUGGUUGUUUUUGCAUGGAUUUUAUCGCCAGCAUUGGAUUUGAGCACAACUGUGACUCCCUGCACAAUCCACAGAAUGACUUUAUGAGAGUCUCGCGCAACGUCUUAGAUUCUUUCGCAGAGCGGACGUUUUUCUUUGAGUUUUUCUCUCCUCCCUUUGUGAAGCCUGUUCUAGAUCAACUCGGUAUUAAUAUCCUGCCCAAAUCAGACAUUUUGUUUCUAAGGAAAUUCGUAACGAAAGCCAUGGAAGCUAGGUCACAAAGAGUGGAAAACCCUGACGACUUUUUGCAAUACCUCAUCCAUCACUGCCCAGGGCUUGGGUUGGACAAAUCAGCAACGGAAGGUGGCCUGACUUUGGAGCAGAUUUACGGCUCGGCCUUGACAAUGAUACUCGCCGGAUAUGACACCUCCGCUAAAGGCUUUCACUUCGCUGUUUACUUACUUGCCAUGCAUCCGGAAUGUUUCAGUCGGGCACAAAGAGAAGUGGAUGAAGUCUUGCAAGGGGAAUUCCCCAAUCCAACUAAUGUCGGCCAGUUGACAUAUUUGGACAUGUGCAUCAAGGAGAGCAUCAGAAUGUAUCCGUUGGGGUUUUUUUUUGAGAGAACCUGCAACAAAGAGACCAUCUUGCAGGGAGUCAAGAUCCCCAAAGAUAUGAUCAUAAGGGUUCCUGUGGCUGGCAUCCAUAGCGAUCCAGAGAUUUAUACUGAGCCAUUCAAAUUUAUCCCUGAAAGAUUUGCAGACGAUAAAAGCAGGCAUCCAAUGGCAUUUAUACCAUUCGGUGCCGGUCCUAGAUCUUGUUUCGGAGAACAGCUUGCGAUGCAGAUGAUGAAAGUUGGGCUAGCAGCUUUUUUACAGGUGUUUCAUAUGUCUCCAUGUGUCAAGUCGGUGUACCCUAUCAGACUGAAGCCGUUUGGAGAUAUCAUUGUUGACCAUGGACUGUGGUUGAAUUUGAGACCUAGACAGCAGUGCCCGAAAGGGGAACCCGUUUCACAUCAACUGUAAGACAAGUAACAGUUUAACGAAAAUAAGUCUUGAAAGGUUACAAAAUGGCCACAGAAUUAUCGACAGAGUACUCGUAAUUAGGAUUUGCCUCCACGUUCUCUUUCAGUCAACCACUCUCUCUCUUUCUGUCAACCACUUUCUCUAUUUCUGUCAACCACUUUCUCUUUCUGUCAACCACUUUCUCUUUAUGUCAACCACUUUCUCUUUAUGUCA